AUGAACGGCUCCUUUCGCGAACGACAUAAACCCGGUUCUCCCCUCGAUGCGCCGGAUGACAUAGCGAGCCAGCAUGCGCGGUUGAUGGGGCGGAGUUCGUUCACGCUUGAUGAGGCGGUGCCGGAGACGCCGAGGAAAGGGGGAGGUGAAGGUGGGGAUGGGAGUAAGGGGUUCUUUGAGCUUCCCGAGCAAGAUCGACGGAAUUUCUUGUUGCUGGUGUUGCUGUAUUUCUUGCAAGGGAUACCCAUGGGGUUGGCGGGAGGCAGUGUGCCGUUCUUGCUGAAGAGUCAUCUGAGUUAUGGGCAGAUUGGGGUGUACAGCCUGGCGAGUUACCCGUAUAGCUUGAAGUUGCUGUGGAGUCCGAUUGUGGAUGCGGUGUGGAGUGCGAAGGUGGGCAGGCGGAAGAGUUGGAUUCUGCCGAUACAGGCGUUGAGUGGGAUGGCCAUGAUAUGGCUGGGUUCGCACGUGCAGGAGAUGAUGGUGAAGGCGGGGGAGAACGAUGGCGCGGGUGUUUGGGGCUUCACGGGGUGGUGGUUUGGUUUGGUGUUUAUGUGUGCGACGCAGGAUAUUGCGGUUGACGGCUGGGCUCUAACCCUACUCUCACCGCAAAACCUCUCCUACGCCAGCACCGCCCAAACCGUCGGCCUGACCGCUGGCCACUUCCUCUCCUACACCGUCUUUCUCGCCCUGUCCAGCCCGGAUUUCACUAACAAGUACUUCCGCCCGGCCACAGCACCCUUACCAACCGGCCUCAUGACACUAAACUCCUACCUCCAGUUCUGGGGCUGGGCCUACCUAGUCGUCACCCUCGGUCUUGCCCUUCUCAAAAAGGAGGACCGCACGCGGGAGAAAGAAGGUAUCUGGGACGUCUACAAAAUCAUGGGCGGUAUUCUCAAGCUUCGGAAUAUCCAGAUCUUCAUCGUCAUCCACCUGAUUGCGAAGAUCGGCUUCCAAGCCAACGACGCCGUCACGAACCUCAAACUCCUCGACAAGGGAUUCAGUCAAGAAGACCUCGCGCUGACAGUACUCAUCGACUUCCCCUUCGAGAUCAGCCUAGGCUACUACGCCGGCAAAUGGUCCGAGCAAUACCAACCCAUGACCGUCUGGACCUGGGCUUUUGUGGGCCGGCUCAUCGCCGCCGUUUUCGCGCAGGUGGUCGUCAUGAUGUUUCCGGCUGGCGGAACGAACAACUGGUACCUGUUGGUCGUGAUCGUGGAGCACGUCUUCAGCACCUUCAUGAGCACGGUCAUGUUUGUGGCGAUUAGUGCGUUCCAUGCUAAGAUUGCCGAUCCGGCGAUUGGAGGGACGUAUAUGACGUUGCUCGCUACUGUGAGCAACCUAGGCGGCACAUUCCCCCGCUUCUUCAUCCUGAAGUUCGUGGAUGCGUUCACGCGAGCCACGUGUAUACCGCCUUCGCAGUCAAUACCGUCUGCGGAUCUGAAGGGCGAACUCAUAACGCAGCCCUUCAGCUGCGUGCUGGAGGCGGACAAGCACCGCUGUCUCGAUGGAGGCGGGAUUUGUAAGGUGCAGAUGGAUGGCUACUAUAUUGUGAACAUCCUCUGCGUUCUCUUCGGCGUAGUGACAUUUUGGGGCUUCAUCAAGCCUAAAGCGCUGCAUCUGCAGAGUCUGCCUAUGCGGGCCUGGCGGCGGAGCGAAGGCGCUGGGAGUUGA